AUGACACGGGACGAGGACGUGCCGUCGCCGGGGCCCGACGAGGACCUGGAGCUGCCCGCGCCCGACCACGAGCCCGACGCAGACAAACUGCCCGCGCCCGACCACGUGUUGGGCGACGAUAGUGAGAGACAAUGGACCCUAUUGCAACUGCAUAAGCGGGACGAGGACGUGCCGUCGCCGGGGCCCGACGAGGACCUGGAGCUGCCCGCGCCCGACCACGAGCCCAACGCAGACAAGGCUUUAGCAACGAGGGAGACUAUGACAGCGAGUACUUUCUCGUUGCAAACUCGCCUCUAUCCCAAGCACAUAGAGUGUUGUAAGCAGCGGGACGAGGACGUUCCGUCGCCGGGGCCCGACGAGGACCUGGAGCUGCCCGCGCCCGACCACGAGCCCGACGCAGACAUAUCAUACAACAUUGACCGCACGUUCAACACGUCGGUUGCAGCAGACGGAUCCCUCUACAACUUAGGUCUGUCGUCGUUCCUCAACAACGACAACGCGUUAGCCCUGUUCAACGAGUCCAACGAUACCGGGAUUAGUAGUGCAAACAAAAUAGAAGUAAUAAACAACAGACCCUCAGAGAAACAAGACUUCAAUAUAAACGACUUCCUAAAAACGUUAUUACCGAAUGAGACGAAUACCGUCGCAUCGGAUAACAACUCAGUGGUUUCAGUAGCAAGCGGUACCAUGUCUCAGAAGUCUCAAGACACGCUACCGGGAUUGGACCUCCUUACACCUGAUUCUACUGGGAAUCCCCCGCCACCUACGUCAUUCUAUGGGACCAUGGACCAUAUUGUGAUCGACGAUGCGGAUCAGCCCUACCAACCAGAAACAAGUAGUCCCUGGAAUAGUAGUUCGUGGAUGCCGACGGCGGUCCCGCCGGCGGGCCGCUCGCCCGGCGCAUUAUUCGCCGACACGCCGGAAUCGCCGCCGCCCGCGCCGCCGCCGCGUCCGCCUAUCACCUACCCACCGCUACACCCGAAAGGGCCGCCUCCCGCUGACGUGGACCACAGAGGGAUAUUACCUCCCCCGCCUCCCCCUCCAGUGUUGCCAAUACUUGGUCACAUGGAAGACGUAGACCAUCGAAUGCUGCCGACGCUGCCGCUGCCGGUGCCCGCGCCGGUGGCGCCGCCUCACCACGCGCCCGUGCAACAAGAUGUGGACCAUAGGAAUCUAAUAUCUUUAACGCACCAACCCGCAAUAAGGCCUCCCAAUCCCGUCCCGAGACCGGUCAAUCCAGUUAUAAAUUUGGAUCAGGAUUACAGAGUGCCGCCGAUGCUGCCUCCUACCGACAUUGUGGAGAGCGUCGAUAUGGACCUCUCGGAGGACGAGGAUCAACAAAGUGGCUACCAACAAAAGCCGGAAUUGGCCCGACGGCACAGCUUCAACAACAACAAAGUGCUAGUGGGGGGCGACAACGGCAAAACGAACCACAAGGAGCACAACAACCUCAUACAAAUCAACAGCACGGACUACGACAGAAAACCGCACUCCGCGCCCGUUCGUCCUUUAUCCAACCCGUUCGAAAACAUGUCGACUAUCGAAAACUUCAACAUGCCGUUCCAGAAUAACCCCCCGAGAGAACCGGACAGAGAGGAAAACUCGAACGACAGCGCGUACGAGGAAGACUUGCGGAGUCGAGGUAUGGAGAAAGAUGUGCGGAAUCCGUCCCCUCCGGUGUUUGAAGAGGGCGAUUGGCAGAAUUCUAGCCCCCGGCCGUUCCUAAACCAACGGUUCCCGCGGAAUUGGGGGCCCCGGACUAACUUCCGGCCCGCGGGCCCCGGCUUCGGGCCGCAGUUCUGGCGCGCGGGGCCCAGGCCGCCGCGGUGGGGCCCGCCGCGCCCCCAGCGGUUUUGGUGAUACGUGAUUAGUGAUAUUGUACCUUAUUACGUUUAGCUGUUUUGACUGUAGCUGACGUUUUGUGGAAACAACAUGUUGACAGUGAAUUCGAUUGAUACUCAUUUGAAAAAUAGCACCUCGUUUUAAGUAAAAGGUGUAUUUAGAUACGCAGCAAAAGCCAAGAGGCCCGUGUCUCAUAAAGUCCGGUCGCCGAGCACGUAGAAUUUCGUCCAAUGACCCCAAGCUAGCCAUCCUUAUCGCUCGCGCGUAAUUAUAUUGCUGUCGCGCUCGCACACUCACUGCGACAUGAGCGAUAAGGAUGGGUAGCUUGGGGUCAUUGGACGAAAUUCUACGUGCUCGCCGACCGGACUUUAUUAGCAGAACGAUAUACGCCACGUAGCAAUGUAAAUGUACUUUUAUUGGCUCGGUUCGACUUCGCAGUAUUACACAGAGUUUCAUACGGCAACAAAUACAUGAUUUGCUUGAAACAGAGCUACUCUAUAACACCGUUUUGGUGUUUUCGAGUCUAUCUUUGUCGCUCUUCCUCGCUAUUAGUGAAAGGGAUAGAUCCUAAAAUGGUUUAGGGAGACCUUUUUUGUAUUUUCGAGUCUUUGUAUCUUUGUCGCUCUCGCAAUAUGACACUGCGCAUUUUUUACCCACAGCAGUCAUUUGUUAACGUCAUCAUACACGUUGUCUAUGGUGUUAUAUCUGUUGAGCGAUCGUCAAUUGUUGCCAGAGGAAUCGCCUUAUUGAAAGAACCUUUUGCUCAAUCUGAGAUCGGAAAGUCAACGAUUUUUCAUUAGUGGACUGGAAAUUUAAUUUAAUAUUGACGUAAUAUCUCACGUGCGGCUAUAGUAGAAAAAACUAUUGGUGACUAUGAGGUAAAAUAACUCUAGAUAUACAAAGUGAAAUAGCAUUUUAAAUACAAGUUUACAUAUCGGUAUACUUGUUGGCAACCAGCGACAAUAGACGAUGUAUGUGGCUUGUUAACUAUAAGUUAGAAGGCACUGAAACGUUAUUUUAAAAUAGAACUAUCAGACACUUCACUAAGUGACUUAACAGACAAUUUUGAAAAAUAACGGAUACAUGUUUUAAAUAAGUUUACGCUUGUCUUAGCCUGAGAGGUCUCAUACAUAAAACCCGGUUGAGUUAACUGCGCACUUGGCAGCUGUGACGUCACGUCGACGCUCUGGUUCGUCGGGUACUCACCCGAAGAAGGGUCGUAUUUCAGCGAGGUGCGCAGUUAGCUUAAUCGGGUGAACAUAGCUAGUUCAAAAUUAAAUAUCAAAAUAUUGUUUUGAACUCAAAUUCCACGGACAGUUACUUUAUUGUACAUAAUUUUUAAAACAGAUAAACUAUUGUAAAUAAAAGAAGUCAUAUGUUGUCAAAAGAUCUGUAAAAUAUCAACAGAAUUAUGAAGUAAAGUCGUUGAUGCAGAAAUCUAUCGCAUGUUUUCUUUUAUCAAAACGAAGUUCUACAGUCAAAAGUUGAGGUAGAAAUACAUUUUCACGAAGUGCAAUAAUAAAUUUAAGAUCUUUCUUUUUGGAUUCUAAUAGAAAGUAAUGUAAGUAAGAUUUCCAGCUGUAUUUUAAGUCCUAUAAGUAAUUCAAAUAACUAACUUUAACUGUUUUCUUCAUUUGGUCUUUUAGAUAAUUUAAUUUUGAGUAAUAUUAUUCAUUGACCAAAUGUAUUACUACCUCUUUCUUUCAAAUGAAAUUCAAAACAAUUUUUUACCAUUUUUGGCCACAGUAAUUUCAGUGGUUUUAAAAGUUGUUGAGAAUUUUUGAAAGAUUUUUAUAAUAGAGUCUGAUGUUGUUGUUUUAAUAUACUUAAAUGAGUGUAUGUAAAAAGGUUUAUUCGAAAUAUUUCAAGCUGCAAGUUUUUGUAGUUUGUAUUUUAUUGUACGAUACAAACAUACGUUAUUGUUUACUUAUAUUUUCCUUCUAGUCUGUAAUCAUUUUUGAAGCAACUUGAUUGUUUUAUAAAAUUUAGCAUUUAAAGGGCAGUGGCAAUAUUGAUACUUUGAACUUUAUUGGCUUUGUUUUAAGGUCGAAAAGCUUUGCUCUUUAAAUGCUUUAUAAGACAAUAUUAAAUGACUGCAAUGUCGCAGAAGUAUCUCAUUUUUAGAAUGUAAUAAUAUUGCAGCUUUGUAAUAAGUUACUUUUAAAAUGUAAUUAAAACGAUCAAGUUGUAUUGUGUAAGUAUGAAGUAGAAACUCGCUUAUGUCUCGUAUUAUAAAGGUUGACAGUAAAAUAGGUCUUUUGCUUAUAAUAAUAAAGCUUAAUAGUAA